GGGGCGCAGGACCUAAGAAAAUCCGAAAAUAAAAAGAAUUUCAAAAUCCCCCUUGCAAGUUGCGGCUCGUUGUCGUGCUCUCCCGAGGCCAAAUCCAUUCUCCCUCUCUGCCUCCCUCUGCCCCCCGUCGCCAUCUCGCCCACCUCGGGAGGCGGCGAGAUCUGGCCGCGCCCGCGCCGAGGUGAGGUGUGGUUUUUUGUUGCGGGAUGGCGUCGUCGGGGAAGAUGGAGGGGCCAUCGGCGCCGGCGGUGCGGCGGGACCCGUACGAGGUGCUCAGCGUACCCAGGGACUCCUCCGACCAGGAGAUCAAGUCCGCCUACCGCAAGCUCGCCCUCAAGUAUCACCCUGACAAGAAUGCUAGCAACCCAGAAGCAUCAGAGCUCUUCAAAGAAGUUGCAUAUUCAUAUAGCAUCUUGUCAGACCCUGAGAAACGGAGGCAAUAUGAUACUGCUGGUUUUGAGGCAUUAGAAAAUGAAGGAAUGGAUAUGGAGAUUGAUUUGUCCAAUCUUGGAACUGUGAACACAAUGUUUGCAGCACUUUUUAGCAAGCUUGGCGUUCCUAUCAAGACCACAAUAUCUCCUACUGUUCUUGAAGAAGCUAUGAAUGGAACAGUUACAGUGAGACCACUCCCAGUUGGAACAUCUGCCAUCGGAAAGGUUGACAAGCAAUGUGCUCAUUUUUUUGGUGUAACAAUAAGUGAAGAACAAGCUCACUCAGGGAUAGUAGUCAGAGUCACCUCACCUGCACAAAGUAAAUUUAAGCUUCUGUACUUUGAACAAGAAGUUACUGGUGGUUAUGGACUUGCUCUGCAGGAAGAUAGUCAGAAGACUGGCAAGGCGACAUCUGCAGGCAUGUAUUUCUUGCAUUUUCAGGUGUACCGUAUGGACUCAACAGUGAAUGCGUUGGCAAUGGCCAAAGAUCCUGAGUCUGCCUUCUUUAAAAGAUUGGAAGGUCUCCAACCCUGCGAAGUGUCGGCUCUCAAACCUGGAACUCAUAUAUUUGCUGUUUAUGGUGAUAAUUUUUUCAAGCCUGCUAGCUAUACAAUUGAAGCAAUGUGUGCAAAGAGUUAUGGAGACACAACACAGAGGCUGAAGGAAAUAGAGUCUAAAAUUCUGGCAAAGAGAAAUGAUUUGCGUCAAUUUGAAACCGAGUACAGAAAAGCUUUGGCUCGGUUUCAAGAAGUUACCAACAGAUAUACACAGGAAAAAGAAGCGGUUGAUGAUAUGUUGAGGGAAAGAGAUAAUAUCCAUUCUUCAUUCACGACUGAGCGAACUACUAUAAAUUCUGUUGGAGCUGGUAGUAGCAGCAGUAGAUAUCAAACUGAGCAGAGCAUUCCUGAGAGUCCGGAGAAUGGUAGCGUAGAUGGCAGAGAUAAAUCUGGUAAAAAGAAGUGGUUUAAUCUAAACCUUAAUAGAUCUGAUAAGAAAGCCUGAGGGAUCUUUGAUCAGAGACGGCAUGUGUGCUUUUCACUUUGCUGUACAUCUCAGAAAUACUAUUGUAUUCAUGCCUUAUGAGCUGUUUAGUUACCAAUUCUUGGGAGUUUUGUAGCAUAGCAGUUUUGGGUACAGCAUUUUAAAGUCAUGUAUUACCUUGUGUUACUUCGAACUUGCUUCCUCUAUUAUCCCAUGUCUCUCCAGUUCUUUUGCGAAGUUUGCAUUGGUGUUGGACGUCUGAAUUUGUGAAUCCACUUGCGAAAUUUGCGUUGUUAA